GGCGGCGCGGGCUGCGCCAUGGCGGCGCGCGUCAGGAGGCUCGUGUACCCGCUCUUCCAGCCCGGCGGGCCGCAGCUGCGCAUCUUCCGGCCCGACUUCUACAUGGUGCUGGUGCGGCCCGGCGUGCCGCAGCCGGAGGACACGGCGCAGUUCCGCGUCUCCAUGGAGAUGACGAAGCUGGACAUCAGGAACUACCUGGAGAAGAUCUACAAGGUACCGGUGGUGGCGGUGCGGACCAGGAUCCAGCACGGCGCCCACAACAGAAGGAACCACAAGAAUCAGAGAAUAAAGAAGCCGGAUUACAAGGUCGCCUACGUCCAGCUGGGCCAAGGACAAACCUUUCAGUUUCCCAACCUGUUUCCAGAAAAAGAACAAACGCCAGAAACUCGCUCUUUUGAUGAGUUCAGGAAAAAGUAUUUCGAGAAAGAGCUGCAGAGGCAGAGAGGCGACCCCAGACGAGGUGGAGUCCCCGACUGGUUUGGACUUUGAUGCAAUAAGCCGGCUGCUCCGAGAGAUUUUAAUCAGCAGAAUUUGCACUCGCCUCUUCUUGUAGGAACCAAGGGUUUAUUUUUGAGCAGCCCUUGCUAGCAUGUCUUUUUACCU